AUGGAUGCUCUGUUAAGACCACAAUUUUAUGCGCCUGAAAUACUGCAAAUACACUGCGUGGGAAUUAGAAAUAGCUUCACGGAAGAUGUAUUUGUAACUACAGCUCUUAUCGACAUGUACAGCAAAUGUGGCAGUCUAAAUACUGCCCAUGAGGUUUUUCAAACCAUUCAAACCAAAACUUUGGCUUCUUGGAAUUGCAUGAUCAUGGGUUUUGCCAUUUACAGCCGAGGAAAAGAGGCAAUUUCAAUUUUUGAUGAAAUGCGUGCAGCAGGUAUUCAGCCUGAUGCGAUUACCUUCACUGCUCUCCUCUCUGGUUGCAAGCAUUCAGGUCUAAUCAAUGAAGGAUGGAAGUAUUUCGACAUCAUGAAGGCAGAUUACAAUAUAAUCCCCACAAUUGAGCAUUACUCGUGCAUGGUUGAUCUUCUUGGAAGGGCAGGGUAUCUUGAUGAAGCUUGGGAUUUCAUUGAAAAGAUGCCAAUGGUGCCAGAUGCUACGGUUUGGGGUGCUCUUCUUGGUUCAUGUCGGAUCCGUGAAAAUUUAGAGCUUGCAGAGAUAGCAGCAAAGAGACUUUUCAAAUUUGAACCACACAAUCCUGCUAAUUAUGUUCUGAUGAUGAACUCGUACGCGACUUUGAACAGAUGGGAAGAUACGGACUGUGUUAGAGAGUUGAUGAUGGAUGUUACAGCAGGGGCGAAAAUUGGGCAUGUAUGGAGCUGGAUACAAAUCAAUCAGAUGGUUCACAUGUUCUAUACCAGAGGAAAAGCUCACCCGGAUGAAGGAGAGAUAUACUUCGAGUUAUAUCAACUAAUUUCCCAAAUGAAAAGAUUGGGAUAUGUCCCUGACAUCAAAUGUGUGUACCAGAACAUUGAUCACGUGGAAAAGGAGAAGGUGUUGCUUACCCACACUGAGAAAUUGGCCAUUACGUAUGGACUAAUCAAGACGAGAAAGAGAGCACCUAUUCAGGUGAUUAAGAACACGAGAGUCUGUUCUGACUGUCAUACUGCAGCAAAAUAUAUUUCUUUGAUAAGAUGCCGCGAAAUCCUCCUCAGAGAAGGUGCUCGGUUUCCCCAUUUCAGAGAAGGGAAGUGUUCCUGCAAUGACUUCUGGUAAUAGGAAGGU